AUGAUGCCUGGAAUGCGUGCGGGUAUAUCACUUACCUCGGGUUUGGUACUUGGUGUACUCUUGUCAGUACUAUUAUUUCUACCUGACGAACUGAUCCCUCCAAAAACAUCGGACGAGGAGUUACCAAGUGAGCACUGGGAAGUUAUCAUCAAAAAAGUCGCAACUGCAGCUAAUGGUCAAUUUCAGACCCGGAAGAUUGUUAGAGCUGGAUUUGCAGCAACUGAAUUGGGAAUACGGGACAAAGUUGUGGUCCUCAUUCUCGGACAGUCUUCAUUAAUGGUCGCGUUGAAUGCAUCCAUCGGUCGGCAUGUACCUCACUUACAGCUUUUCGCUGAUAUCUCUCGUAUCGAUAGUGACAUAGCCAGUCUUCCCAAUCUCACACCAUACAGAUUAAAUGGACAGCACUCACACAUACCAGUUCUCAAUCUUAUUUUUAAUAUGACUAUGCACGAAAAAUUUGACUGGUAUUACGUGAUACCUGACACGACAUACGUAAAUCCAUUUGAACUGAUGCGAUUUGUUAAUCACGUGGACUGGAACCGUCGUGUAAUUAUUGGUGUUGGAAGUGGAGACGAUUCAAACAGAUGUAGUUUGCAAGCUGGAAUCUUACUAACAAAUUUUGCUAUGCAAUCGCUUAUACAGAACAGAAACUUGUGCAGUUCCAUAUCCAGCCGUUCAGAUCACAGUGCAUUCGAGCUAUGCAUUCAUCUUGCAACAAAUUUGUCGUGCACCAGUUACUACCAGAGUCAAACAUAUCACUGGUGGAAAGUCAAUGGAUUAUCUGAAAGCGGCAGUGGUACAGCAAUACAUGAUACUGUUGGGUGGUGGGCAUCAUCGUCGCAAAAUUUUAAUCGAUCACUGAGUGUUUCACCUUUGCUUUCGGACGUAGAUGCUCAUGCGCUUCAUCAGCAUUUCUUACAUGUCGAAUUGAAUCGUACAGAAUAUGAAAUUGGUCGCUUAUCUGCUGAAAUUGUUUCAUUAUCGUAUGAUAUUAAUGACGGUCCGUCACAGCCUGCUGGUUUACCACCAUAUUCAAAAGCACCAGAUCGGUAUCAGGUUCCGAAAUGGCAUUUCUUUACAAACACAGAAAUUUUCAAAAACGAAGCGAAUCAAAAUGUUUACGCAUUAACUGGAGAUGAUAAGUUGGAUGUUGAAGAAAUAGUUGCAGCAGCUCGAAAAUUUAUUGAAGAAAGUGAUGAAGGAAGUGAUGAAGAAUUUUUGCAACUUCGAAAUGGCUAUCGUUUGUUUGAUCCAUUGCGGGGUAUGGACUAUAUUGUAGACUUGUUAUAUCGUAACAAAUAUGGUGGUAAGGUGCAUCGCGUUCAUCUGACCCGAAUAAUAUCUAAUAAUCAACUUUUACAACAAGUACCUUAUGUAAAAGAAGAUACUGAUUUAACAAUCUUAAUACCGCUUGGAUCAAAUGAUGAAGUGGGCGCUGUUCGUCGACUUAUAGCUCAUUAUGUGAGCCUAUGCCAGUCAUCAGUUGGUGAUAACCGACAAACCAGAUUGAUUGUGGCUGUACGUGGUGUUGAUCCUUUCGUCAUUCGCCUAAUUAACGAUGAUAUUAUUGAAUUAAGAAUACGGUGUAAACCAGCACAAACAGAAACUAUGUUAUUAAUAUUGAAGCAGGAUAGUCAUCCGAUUAUGGCAGCGGCAGCACUGGAUGAAGCUGUUGAUCAUUUUGGCCAGCAAAUGAUGUAUCUGUUGUUAUCUCCGCAUGCUGACAUUCAGCAUGAAUUUCUUGAUCGAGUGCGCUUAAAUACUAUCAAACAUUUUCAAGUAUUCUUUCCGCUUCCGUUUGUGGAAUAUCAUCCUCGAAUUGUGAGCGCAAAUGAAGCACUACAAUCAAAACUGAAAGGCCUUAACGUCGAGAGAGCUCACGAAAUGGGUGACACUGAUCAAAAAGCCCGAUCACUGGAAAUGAAUGGUGCAGAUACAUUUAUGAGCAAGUUCCGUGAUGCUACUUUUAAACGAAAUACACGGCCACUUAUUGUUCAUAAGGAUCGAGGUCACUUCGAUCCCUUGGAUUUUUCUGUCUUUUCUUUGUACGGUGCAGAUUUCAUACAAACUCGUUCACGCUUGAAUAGUAAAUCAUUGCUGUUAGAUUUGUCAUCACUGUUUCUUGGUCAUCAGAGUAUCCACAUGAUGCGAGCCAUUGAGCCAGCUCUGCGGCUACGGUACCACAGUCGAGUUUGUAAUCCGGAAUUAGUGGAUACGCACUAUGCUCGUUGUUUACUUAGGCGACGUGAAGGACUUGCUUCUAAGGCACAGUUAGCUAAUUUGUUGCUCAGUCGGAAAGCGAGGAAGAUGGUAGUUGUUUAA